AUGGAUGCCAGUGGUCCUUCAAUCAGUGAAACGGACCUUAACUUUGACCUGAACCAUAUCGACUGGCUCGAUCUCUUCGAUACAGGGGAUGUACCGUCUCUGGAGGACUUCGGUAUAUACCUCGAUGGGGCCGAGAAUGUUGAAAGUACACCGUCACAGCAGAUAGAAGAAUUGCGUGGGAUGGUAGGCAAUAGUGACAGUCAACUUCAAUAUCUCGCAGAUCGUGUGCGAAAACUGGAAAAGUCGCUUGUGUACCUCUUUAAAUGGGCGAAGGAUUUUAGAGACUCUAUUGACAAGGCGAUAAAAUUAAACAAGAAAUGA